AUGGAUUUUGAUUUACGGUAUCUGAAAGACGCACUGAAACGUGCAGAAUUUUUGGAAGAGUCUGGUUACCAAUCAGUUUUGGAAAGAUCGCAGCACAGCCAAUAUGGUACCGGUUGGAUUAUUAACGACAAUAUUUCUGAAGCCGAUAGCAAAGAUUUUGACGACAACUGGGGUAUGUUUUUUGCGUGUGCAGUUUACAGUCUUAUCUAG